CGUCACCAAACGUCACCAGGAAGUCCACUGAAACCAAAGCAACAUCAUGGCAGAAUACAGACACACACACUGUGAUGGGGGUGCAGACGAGAUGCCCGAGCUCUCUGACGGUGAGGAUGAAGACAUUGAGGAUGAGGAGCUGUGGCAGUGUAUGGAUGAUGAUGACAGUCAGCGAAUCAAAGUCACCUGUCUGUUCUGUGACAGAUUGCUGAUCUCCGUGCCUGCCACCCUAGAGCACUGCGUUGCUGAGCACAAGCUCAACCUGGUGGACGUGAUGAGAAAACACGCUCUAGAUGACUACGGUUACAUAAAGAUGAUCAACUUCAUACGUUCAACAAAAUGUGAUGCAGCCUCUCUAGCUGGACUGCCAGUAUCUCCUUUACCCUGGGAGAGUGAAGACUUCCUGCGGCCAGUUCUACAGGACGACCCCCUCCUGCAGACCGACCCUGAAGAUCUCUGUGAGGGGUCGAGCCUGACGGCGUGCCAUUCGUCUGGGGCCAAGUCCCAUGAUGCACAGGAGCAGAGGGUACAGGCCGCUGAGGAGGCGCUGGCCAGAGCCAUGGAUGACCUGCACAAACUCAAGCUGCUUGCUCAGGGUCUGGUGAUGAACGCAGACACUGGCAAAUCCAGCAACCUGGGCACCGUGGCCGAGCUCCGAGAGGACGAGGACGAGGCCUACUUCAGCUCCUACGGCCAUUAUAGCAUCCAUGAGGAGAUGUUGAAGGAUAAAGUGCGCACAGAGAGUUACCGCGACUUCAUGUACCGCAACCCUGAAGUGUUCCGUGACAAGGUGGUGCUCGAUGUGGGCUGUGGGACUGGCAUACUGUCCAUGUUUGCUGCCAGAGCCGGGGCCAAGAAGGUCAUAGCAGUCGACCAAUCAGAAAUCAUCUAUCAGGCGAUGGACAUAGUCAGGUCCAACCAGCUGGAGGACAAGAUCACUCUGAUCAAAGGGCGCAUAGAAGACAUCAAGUUGCCGGUGGAGAAGGUGGACAUCAUCAUCUCAGAAUGGAUGGGUUACUUCUUGCUGUUUGAGUCCAUGUUGGAUUCUGUGCUGUACGCCAGAGAUGCCUACCUCGCUGACGAUGGCUCAGUCUAUCCAGACCUCUGCAACAUCAGCCUGGCACUAGUUGGAGACCCACUGACACACCAAGACCACAUUGCAUUCUGGGACGACGUAUAUGGCUUCAACAUGUCGAGCAUGAAGAAGGUUGUGGUGCCUGAGGCUUCAGUAGAAGUCGUGAAUGAAGACACACUCAUUUGUGAGCCUACCGUCAUACAGACGAUUGACUGUAACAGAGUGUGUCUGUCUGAGCUGGAGUUUGCAUCAGAUUUCUGCUUGAAGAUAACAAAGAGCACCGACUGCACGGCAAUUGUCGGCUACUUUGACAUUUUCUUUGACAAAGGCUGCAGCAACAAGGUGUGGUUCUCUACAGGUCCUCAGGCAACAAAGACACACUGGAAACAGACGGUCUUCCUACUGGAGAAGCCUUUCUCUGUCCAAGCAGGAGAGGAGCUCCAGGGAAAGGUCACCGUGCGUAAAAACAAGAAGGACCCGCGCUCACUGUUUGUCACAUUUGAAAUCCAAGACAGGAAGCUGACUUACAGCCUGCAAUAAUGUCAGCUAUUGCACUGUACAUCAUCCAGUAGAUAUAACCCACCGUUUUAACUGACCAUUCAUGUAAUAAAAAAACAUAACAUACACAAUU